AUGAUGAUCAUCUUGAGCGACGGUAACGGGUACCACCGUGCUACAGGAGGGCUCUACUGCCAGGAGGUCCUCGCGACCGAGGUCGAGGACGACGGGCGCCCGCAUUACGCGAGCACCGUCCCUGCCCGGAUUCUGAUCCGGCGGGCGGGAAUCACGGUGAGGGUCACCUGCCACGGGCACGCGCUGUACAAGGCCAUGGGUAGCUCCACACAGGUCAGCAAGAGGUGCGGUCACCCCUGCAGCGCGUGUGUUUCUGACCGCGAGGGUGCCGACAUCGAGUGGUUCUCGUGCCGGAUUUCCAACUACCACUUGUGCUCCACAUGUGUCGGGCAUUGGCGAUGCCAAGACGACAUUACUCAGCUCGACGACGACAUUCCGCCACCAGUGCUUGUUGCGAGAAAGAACCACCACGUACCGAAGUGUGAGCAGGGCCACUGGAUGAUGCCUAUAUCGGGAUGCCCACCAUGGUACAGCAUCCACAAGGAGAUUCAGUGCAUGCGCUGCUACGAGAAGCCUCUCCAGUGCCCAAGCCUCUUCCCCUUCUUCUGGCACUGCAAGGCAUGCGGCGACGACGUGUGCAUGGACUGCGUGGAGCAGCUCCGGCAGACGUGCGAGCUGGAGCCCCCGGUGGAGAACGUGACGCUGCCCUUCCGCUACCCGAAAGGCCAGCGUGCUGCAGUGGAUGGCUUCGUGUCCCGUGGCCUGUUCGACAGGCGGGAAGGAGGCACCGGUGCCGGGAGGAGGGUGCAGGUCGCAAACUAUCAGAACGAUGCGUGGAGCCUGGACUCCGAGGACGCAGCCUGCAAGGGCAUGUCGAGUCUCGUCCCAGAGGUCGCGGAGAAGAUGCAAGCAGAGAUCCCCUUGCUUCUUAGGCACCCCCUGAAAGCGUUCGACGACGGGCACCUCGCCCCCCACGUGCUCAAGCAGAGCGAGCUGCCGUCCGAGGAGCUCCCGUUCGACACGAGGGUGACGCAGCACCCGGACGUUGAGAAGUCCGACCUCGCCAAGGGAGCCAUACGGCGGCUGCAGCAGGACGUCCUCGACUUCCGCGGGCUCGUCCAGAGCGCCUCCGCGAGGGGCGCGAUCCGGCAGCUCCGGUCGCUGCACGGUGGCGGAUCAUGGACGCAGGGGAUGCGGUCACAGCGGAGAUGAUCCACAAGGCACGCGAGGACGUGAACGUUUUGCACCGAGG